AUGUCCAUCGAAAAUCUCCGGACUGUUGAGAACGUCAAGAUUGAGCGUAUGCUGACAGGGUCUUUCUACCCCACCUUAGACCCCUUCGCCGAAGCCGACGAGGAUACUGGUGAUAAAACUAAUGCGCAAGCGCAGUACAUCCACAUCCGCAUUCAGCAGCGCAAUGGACGCAAAACCUUGACUACGGUGCAAGGCAUCCCUAAGAAGUUUUCCCGCAAGAAGAUCUUGUCUACGGUCAAGAAACAAUUCGCUUGCAAUGGCACCAUCGUGACCGACUCCGAGAUGGGCGAUGUCAUCCAGCUUCAGGGUGAUCAGCGCAAGGCCAUGCACGAUUUCCUCAUCGACAAGAAGCAGGGGCUCGAGAUGGAUCCUAAGACCAUCAAGAUCCACGGUUUCUAG